CUCUAUCUCAUCCAAAUUCAUAUUUUCGAAUCUCUUUCUACAUUCAUCGUAUAUUCCUUCUCAAUCUAUACUUUCUGCACUUUCCGAUCACUCUUCUCAACUUCACUUUCACUCGAUCGUCACAUCACAACCUGUUUCCUUGAAUCUUCUCUUUCUUCUGUCCACAUCUUCCUUAAUCGGAAUACUUCACCUCCACCUUUUCGCUAGGUUGUGGAAUCAACAUCGUCAUUACCUCGCGAAUCGGCAUUAGGUCAGUCGUGGAUUGUUGUUUUGAGAGAGAUCUAGAUUUUGCGCCAGUGAAGAACAAUGGGGACAUCGGAUGAGAGAGUUGUGGCCGUGAUCAUGGUUGGCGGUCCAACGAAAGGUACUCGUUUUCGUCCAUUGUCGUUAAAUAUUCCAAAGCCAUUAUUUCCAUUAGCUGGCCAACCAAUGGUUCAUCAUCCCAUCAAUGCUUGUAAAAGGAUACCAAAUUUGGCGCAUAUCUAUCUAAUUGGUUUCUACGAGGAGCGUGAAUUUGCACUAUAUGUUUCCUCAAUUUCAAAUGAACUUAGAGUUCCCGUCAGAUAUUUGAGAGAGGAUAAACCACAUGGUUCGGCUGGUGGACUCUACAACUUUAGAGAUUGGAUUAUGGAAGAUAAUCCGUCACAUAUUUUCGUGCUCAAUUGCGAUGUUUGCUGCAGCUUCCCACUGCCUGAGAUGCUUUAUGCUCAUAAACAAUAUGGUGGGAUAGGAACAAUCCUAGUAAUCAAGGUCUCUGCAGAGACUGCCAACCAGUUUGGGGAGCUGGUUGCUGAUCCUGUUACCAAAGAGUUGCUGCAUUAUACAGAGAAGCCUGAAACUUUUGUGAGUGAUCUAAUAAAUUGCGGCGUUUACAUCUUUACGCCAGAAAUUUUUACAGCAAUUGAGGGUGUUUCUAGUCAACGUGCAAAUAAAGCUAACUUAAGACGUCUUUCCAGCUUUGAAGCCCUUCAAUCAGCCACAAGGAGUUUUCCUUCCGAAUUUGUGAGAUUGGAUCAAGACAUUUUAUCACCUCUUGCUGGGAAAAAACAGCUGUACACAUAUGAAACCAAGGACUUUUGGCAACAAAUAAAAACUCCAGGAAUAUCCUUGAAAUGUUCAGAAUUGUAUCUCCACCAAUAUCGGUUCACUUCUCCUCAUCUAUUGACAAAAGGAGGGGAUGACACAAAGAGUCCCCAUAUUGUUGGUGAUGUUUACAUCCAUCCAUCAGCAAAGGUGCAUCCUACUGCUAAGAUUGGUACAAAUGUCUCCAUAUCUGCAAAUGCAAGAAUAGGGCCUGGUGUAAGGCUCAUCGGCUGUAUUAUCCUUGACGAUGUUGAAAUCAAGGAGAAUGCUGUUGUUAUUAAUGCAAUUGUUGGAUGGAAAUCUUCUGUUGGUAGAUGGUCAAGAGUCCAGGCUGUAGGUGACUCUAAUGCAAAGCUAGGGGUUACAAUUCUCGGUGAAGCGGUUACAGUAGAAGACGAGGUUGUGGUGGUGAAUUGUAUUGUUCUUCCUAACAAAACUCUUAAUGUCAGCGUUCAAGAAGAGAUCAUACUAUGAUCGUGCAAAUUGACAUGGUUAUAUUGACAAAAGACUAAUAGAAUUAUAACCAAAACAAAAAUAAUGUAAUUUAAUGUCUUGUGUUGUACUAAGUUUUCAUUUGUUUUACAAAUGAUGAUGUUCCUGUCACAUUUAAAAUGGUUUAUCAUUUGAUAAUUGGUAUGUGAAUUGAAGUAAUAAUAGAUUGAGUUAGAUAUUU